UGCCCGCCUGCCCGCGAAUUGAGCGCCAUGUCAGGCACCCCGAGCCGCGGCACCCCCGGCGGGACCCCGCUGUCGCCGACUCGCAUCUCCCGCCUGCAGGAGAAGGAGGAGCUGCGGCAGCUCAAUGACCGCCUGGCCGUUUACAUCGACCGUGUGCGGGCGCUGGAGCUGGAGAAUGACCGGCUGCUGCUGAAGAUCUCCGAGAAGGAGGAGGUCACCACCCGGGAGGUGAGUGGAAUCAAGAGUCUCUAUGAGUCUGAACUGGCUGAUGCUCGAAGAGUUCUGGAUGAAACUGCCAAAGAGAGGGCUAGAUUACAGAUUGAAAUAGGAAAACUGAGAGCGGAACUUGAAGAGUUCAAUAAAAGCUACAAGAAGAAAGAUGCAGAUUUGUCUGUGGCUCAGGGUCGCAUUAAGGAUCUGGAAGUGCUGUUCCAUAGAAGUGAAGCAGAACUCAAUACUGUCCUGAAUGAGAAACGCAGUCUGGAAGCAGAGGUGGCCGAUUUGCGUGCCCAGCUUGCUAAGGCUGAAGAUGGUCAUGCUGUGGCUAAGAAGCAGUUGGAGAAGGAGACACUCAUGCGUGUAGACCUGGAGAAUCGGUGCCAGAGCUUGCAAGAGGAUCUGGAUUUCAGGAAGAAUGUGUUUGAGGAGGAAAUAAGGGAAACAAGAAAACGACAUGAACAUCGUUUGGUUGAGGUGGACACUAGUCGCCAACAGGAGUAUGAAUCCAAAAUGACUCAGGCCCUGGAGGAUCUGCGAAAUCAACACGAUGAACAAGUCAAACUGUACAAAAUGGAGCUUGAGCAGACCUAUCAGGCUAAGCUGGAGAAUGCCAAACUGUCCUCUGACCAAAAUGACAAAGCUGCUGGUGCAGCUCGAGAGGAGUUGAAGGAGGCUCGCAUGAGAAUAGAAGCUCUCAGCUACCAGCUUUCUGGCCUUCAGAAACAGGCUAGUGCAGCAGAAGAUCGCAUUCGUGAAUUGGAGGAAAUGAUGGCUGGUGAGCGGGAAAAGUUUAGGAAGAUGCUAGAUGCAAAGGAGAGGGAAAUGACAGAAAUGAGGGACCAGAUGCAGCAGCAGCUUACAGAGUACCAGGAACUGCUUGAUGUUAAAUUAGCACUGGACAUGGAGAUCAGUGCUUACCGAAAACUCCUGGAAGGAGAAGAGGAAAGGCUGAAGCUCUCUCCAAGUCCCUCCUCCCGUGUUACAGUCUCUCGGGCUACCUCCAGCAGCAGCAGUAGCAGUACUUCACUUGUUCGCUCUUCCCGAGGCAAGAGAAAACGUAUUGAAGCAGAGGAGCUUUCAGGCAGCGGAACAAGUGGAAUUGGCACUGGAAGUAUUAGCGGCAGCAGUAGUAGCAGUAGCUUCCAAAUGUCCCAGCAAGCUUCAGCUACAGGAAGUAUCAGCAUAGAAGAGAUAGACCUGGAGGGCAAAUACGUUCAACUGAAGAACAACUCUGAGAAGGAUCAGUCUUUGGGUAACUGGAGACUGAAAAGACAAAUUGGAGAUGGAGAAGAAAUUGCUUACAAAUUUACUCCUAAGUAUGUCCUCAGAGCUGGGCAGACUGUAACGAUUUGGGGUGCAGAUGCAGGGGUAUCUCAUAGUCCCCCUUCUGUUCUCGUGUGGAAGAAUCAAGGCAGCUGGGGCACUGGAGGAAAUAUCCGCACAUACCUCGUAAACUCUGAAGGAGAGGAAGUUGCAGUGAGAAGCGUUACUAAAUCAGUAGUCGUGCGAGAGAACGAAGAGGAAGAGGAUGAAGCAGAGUUUGGAGAGGAAGACCUUUUCAACCAACAGGGGGAUCCCAGAACAACCUCUAGAGGAUGCUCAGUGAUGUGAAGAAAGA